AAACGGAGGAAACGGGAAUCGGAAAAACUCAGUCGCCCUCGCACCACCAUUGCUAGAUCCAAAACCACCUGAUAAAAACCCUAAUUCCCACUCGAAUUCCCGAUCGCCGCCGCCCUCGAACAAAGAACUCCAUUGAGAACUCUAGGGUUUCGAUCUCUCUCUCCCUUCUCCUUCCUUCUCGGAAAUGGUCCUCUCCGGCGGCUCCUCCGCUGGCGGCCACGGAGUCAAUCGCUUCUACAACCCUCCGGCCAUCCGCUGCAAGCUCCAGCAGAAGCGGCAAGUCCUGCAAGAGCAGAAGCAGCAAUCUCUUCGAAGGACGGCGAAGGCCCGGCCGCUCUCACCGGCGGCGUCGCCGGCUGAAUCGGACGACUCCUCGUCCAAGACCUCGGUUUCAUCGUCGGGCCCCUCGUCUCCGUCCCCGAGACUGGAGCCGCCUGCCGGGAACCUGGAGCGGUUCCUCCAGUCCACCACCCCGUUCGUGCCCGCUCAGUACUUCCCCAAGACGAGCGUGAGGGGGUGCAGGAAUUGCGAUGAGGUGGAGUUGGGCCCGUAUUUUAAUCUUGGAGACCUUUGGGAGUCAUUCAGGGAGUGGAGUGCUUAUGGAGCGGGGGUGCCGUUGGUUUUGAAUGGGAGCGACAGUGUAAUCCAGUACUAUGUGCCGUUCUUGUCCGGUAUCCAGCUGUUCGUGGAUCCAUCGAGGCCUAGCUUGAACGCAAGAAGCCGACCUGGUGAGGAAAGUGAUGCUGACAUUUGCCAGGACACAAGCAGCAAUGGCAGUAGUGAGAGUGAUACUGAGAGACUUGUUCGAGGUAUAAGGGAAUCCUUGAAUAAUACCAGCCAUGUGGGCCAAGAAAGUUUUUCUAGUGAUGAUAGUGAGACUUGCAACCAACUGCAGCUACCCGUAUUUGAGUACCUAGAGCAUCAUCCACCAUAUGGAAGACAACCUUUAGCAGACAAGAUUUCAGUUCUUGCAAGUAAAUUUCCUGAUUUGAAGACCUAUAGGAGUUGUGAUCUGCUUCCCUCCAGUUGGAUCUCUGUAGCUUGGUACCCGAUAUAUAGGAUACCAACGGGACCCACGUUACAGGAUUUGGAUGCUUGCUUUUUGACCUUCCACCCACUGUCCACAUUUAUGAAAAAUGGUAACAAUGUAUAUCCUGAGAGUUAUGGUUCUUGUAACAUUAGGAAUGUCAACAGCUCCGCUGACCUCUCUGGGAAGAUACCACUACCUGUAUUUGGGCUUGCUUCGUACAAAUUCAAGGGUCCUAUGUGCACCCAAAAUGGGCUUUAUGAGCGGCAGCUAGAAAGUUCUCUUUUGCAAUCUGCUGACAGGUGGCUUUGCCAUCUACGGGUGGAUCAUCCAGACUACCGUUUCUUCCUCUCCCACCGCAAUUCAUCUGGGAGGUGAUGGUUCCAGAGUUCUGUACAUGGCUCUUUCUGAUCAAAUGGUGUAUCAAUCCAACCCCGUGUUCCAGAAGCUUUGAUUACGAACGCCCCCAUGUACUGCUUGCUGCCUUUUGAUCCCAUUUUGCAAGGAAUUGGGUGUGCAUUUUUCUCUAACCACAGUUUAUAUAUGCCUUGGAGUUACUAUGGAUAAUUGCCAUAGCAUAUGGCGUUCUAUGAAAGAAAACGUUGUAGAAUAUGAUGGCUGCGGGCUUAUGGACCUGAAAGAAGAGAACUGUGAUAGAGAACUAGGGUGCAGAGGACAAUGGCGUUCAGAUGCAGCACGAGCUGAUGUGAUUGAUGGCAGCACGAGAGGGUGGUUGCUGGUCGAUGCAAAGAAAGGGGUAUCACAUCCUUUGGGUUUUGUUUUGAUGUUAAAUGAUGUCUAUCCACAUAAUAUCUAGUGAUGAUGAAGAAAAUAUGUUUAAGUUGGCUACUUAUCAUGCUCUUGAUAUACUUAAAUGUCAGGCUAAUUCUAGAUGUUUGAGAUGAAUUAACUAUAUGUCACUGUGUUAAAUUG